UCUAAUACCGUAAAUGCAUCAAUGGGUGAGAAUGAGAUGGCGUGUUGAAAUGAUCGUUAAUCAUUAGCUAAAGCGAUGAUAAUCAUCAUCGUCUUCGUCUUCACUCAAAUCGGUAGAUAAAUUGAACGUUUUCCAUAUCCCACUGAAAACAGCAUUCAACCGCAACAACACUAUAAUUACUUCAUUUACCAACUGAUUUGACUUUUUUUUAGCUGAUUCGAUAUUUAUUUAACGCUACGCGAGCAUCUCCUCUCCCUCUCCAUCUCUCUCUCUCACACACAAACACACACGCGCGCCAGCUCACCAGUGUAUCAGAGAGAAAACAGCCGCUGGAUUGGAAAAUUUUGAUUGCAUUUUGUGAGGAUGGGUGCAACGUGUUGGCCUCAUGAGCCGGAGGAUUGGAUGCAGCUGUGAUUUGAGUUAUUCUGGAUUAUUGUUGAUUUACUGCAAUUUAACUGCUGUUUUGAUACUCAAUUGAGAAGAAAGUACAAUGGCAAUAGUGUUGAUAGAGAAAACCCGCUUUAAACAGUUGAAUUCAAUCAGAAGAAAGGUUGCUGCAAUGUCUGGAUGUGAUGCCAAGGAGGUCAGAAUUGUUGUAUCCCCAUAUAGGAUUUGUCCACUGGGAGCUCAUAUUGACCAUCAGGGUGGGACUGUUUCAGCAAUGACAAUCGAUAAGGGUAUAAUUCUUGGAUUUGUUCCGUCCAGUGAUUGUCAGGUUCUUCUACAAUCUGGACAAUUUAAAGGUGAAGUUAAGUUCAGGGUGGAUGAAGAGCAACUGCCUGAAAAUGCUUCCAAAUCAAAUAAUUCAGGUGGUGUAAAAAAUUCAUCUGUUGCACUGGAAGAGUGUGGCUGGGGAAAUUAUGCCAGAGGAGCAAUUUAUGCAUUACAGAAAAGAGGGAACCAUCUAAAGCAGGGUAUUGUGGGAUUCAUCCGUGGCGAGGAGGGGCUAGACAGUUCAGGGCUUAGCUCUUCAGCAGCUGUUGGUGUGGCGUAUCUGUUGGCUUUUGAAAGUGCCAAUAAACUUAAAAUAUCUCCGACGGAGAACAUUGAAUACGACAGGUUGAUUGAAAAUGAAUAUUUAGGUCUGAGAAAUGGCAUAUUGGAUCAAUCAGCCAUAUUGCUUUCAAGCUAUGGCUGUUUAACUUGUAUGGACUGUAAGUCACAAGUUUUCGUUGAAAUUGCUCUUCCUGUGCAGACCAAAGAGCACAGACUUAUAAGCUCUCCAGACUUAAAUAGAAAUCUUAAUGUGAUAAAGAAGCAGUUCAAGAUACUACUCGCAUUUUCAGGCUUGAAGCAGGCUUUGACAACAAAUCCUGGUUACAAUUCUCGAGUUGCAGAAUGUCGGGAUGCUGCAAGAAUUCUGCUUCAGGCUUCUGGGAUUGAAGGGUUGGAACCCAUCCUAUCUAAUGUUGAACCGGAAGUCUACGAGGAGCACAAGAGCAAACUAGAUGCCACUCUUCUGAGAAGAGCAGAGCACUAUUUCUCCGAGAACAAGCGAGUUUUAAAAGGGCUCGAGGCUUGGGCUUCUGGAAACCUAGAGGAUUUUGGGAAGCUGAUUUCAGCAUCUGGUUUGAGUUCUAUCCAAAAUUACGAAAGUGGUUGCGAGCCUCUUAUCCAACUCUACGAGAUCCUAGUGAAAGCACCAGGUGUUUUUGGAACUCGUUUCAGCGGUGCAGGGUUCCGUGGAUGCUGCAUUGCAUUUGUGGACACUGACCGUGCUUACGAGGCUGCCUCGUUUACCGUGAAAGAGUACACUAAGGUUCAACCAAAGCUAGCUAGCCAGAUCGAUCAAGAUAAGAUGGUCUUGAUAUGUGAUGCAGGUGAUUGUGCUUGCGUCAUAUGAUCUCAACAAAUCAGUUAUACAAAAAUACAAAGCUUGGUUUUAAACGCAAUCCAUAUUUCAUUCAUUUGAGCCCUGCAAUAAUGUUCAAAGUUGUAGUAGCUUCAACAUUGAGAAGUGUAGUACUACACUAGUGGAAUGGGAAUUCAAUAUAUAUAACCCAGAAAAUGUAGUACUUACAUAUGUAUUUUCUCGUCGUACUCGACGAUCCUACCCGACAUUCGAAAAAUACACAAUUUUUUGGAAAUGAA